GUCACAUUGUUACAAUUUUAGCAAUAAACAAACGAAACGCAAAUGCUGGCUAAACUGGAAUUUUAAUUGAACUAAUAGGUCACGGAUCAGAAAGGACGCACACGGGACGAUUGGGCAAGUGCCAAGAUGUUGGGCAAGUGCUGCAUGGGGGCGCUUUGGCCCCUGGCGAUGCUGGUCGCCUUUUCCACUGCCUACAAAAAUGUUCGCCUGCAGGACAGCAUGUGCUCGGACAAGCUCUUUUACACACUGUCCAAGCCGUUCAGGGGCGACCCCACAGUGCGGCUGGAGUUCGACGACGACUCCGGGGCGAUCAUAACGCAGGCGUGGAACCUGACACUGCCCCACGGACAUGCGGCCAACAAGAUCAAGUACGACUGCCAGUUCCGUGUGCUGACCAACGAGCGGCCGCCGCGCGGCAUUUACACCAUUAUUACGCGGCUCAAGUUCCGGCGCGAUCCCGUGUCGAAGCAGUGCAUCGACUACAUCCAGUUUAGCAGCGGCAAUCGCUCGCCCAGCGAGCGCAUCUGCACGGACAUCGCCAUCGAUGGGCCGGCCGGGCGGCUGAUCUUCGAUCAGCGCGAUCGCGAGGUCAACGUUCACAUCUUCAUUGAUCGAUCGCGGCACAUCCUGGGCGAUCCGCUUGAGCUGCGGAUGGUGCUGACCGCCCACUCCGAGUGCCAGUUCAACGGCGACUUCCUGUGCGAUCCCAAGGAUCCCUACUCGUGCAUCUCGCGUCACUUUGUGCGGGACAACAUCACCAACUGCCUGUACCCGUGCCGUGACGAGGGCACCUGCUUCCAUGACGCCAUCGUGGCGGAGGAGAUAGACACGGCCAAUGUGGCUAUCUCGGCGCUGACGUCGCUCAUCUUCACCAUGCUGGGCGUGGGCUUUUGCGUGUGGAUCUGCUGGAAGUACUGGAACUGCAUUACGGUGCAGCAGCGGGCGCAUGAGGCUUCCGCCGCCCGCUUCAACCAGCGCCGGGCCAGGUCGGAUGUGCCUACCAUAGAGCUGCCAACGGCCGCUCAGUACGAUGAUGGCGUGCUGCACGAGCACGAUCUCCAGCAGCAGCAGCAACCAGCGACGCCCAAGGAUCUGCCGCCCAGCUACGAGUCACUGUUCCCGGACAGAUAAGGAUCCGUGGCUCCGGCUUUGAUUCCGCUUUGUGCCAGAUCAGCAAGUCCUUGGCAUCGCACACUUGUUGUAUUAGUCCUAUUAGGUAAUUGUAUCUCUAUAUCUGAACAGAUCAGCAUUCCGUGUAAAUAUGUUAGGACUGAUUUAUUGUUUUGUGAUUAGCGUUAGCGAUCGAUCCAGAGGCACCUUUGUCAAUGUGUUCACUUGGAACCGAAACCCCAAAGUACAUUGUAUAUAUUUAAGUCUUACAUUCCGCAACAGUUCGUAUUGUCUCAGUAUCUAUGAGCAUCUCUCCAAGAAUACUCCCUUGAGAAUCUCUACACAGGUUUACAGUUUUACUAUUGUAUAUAUUUAAGUUUUAUGUUCCGUCACACACUUAGCAACUGUAUUUGUAACUGUUGAAGCCGCCUUUUGGCGAAGCAAAUUGUUUAAUCACUGAUGAAAUCUCACUGAUAUUACCGAAACUCUAUGGAAAUUAUAUCAAUUAUUUACCUAAGCAACAAUUAUUUAUAAGCCACAAUGUACUCGUCUCUGUAUUAGCUAGCAUAAAUAUUCCAAGGGUCAGUAAUGACGUCGCAAAGGCCAGCAUUCCACAUAGUUGUACCUGUUUCUGUCUACUGCAUAGAUGUAUGUAUGUUACGUAUUUGUACGCCUAGAGCAAAAAAAAAAAAAAAACACGCGCUUGUAGAUGUCCUUGUUGUGUGCCGGCCGAAAGUGUCAAUUGUUUAACCCAUAAUGAGAUUGUAAUAACUAGGCGCACGCGCUCGCGAGAUUAUGUAUAUGUACGAACUACAGUAUUUACCCCAAAAUAUGCAACUGAAAGCGGGCACGAUUGUGGCCAGUGUAGGUCUUAAGCCAAUUAACUCAUAUGUAUACACACGCAACUCACUCAAAUACGUAUUAUAAACUGAUAAAUAAACCAACUAAAUCCCAA